AUGCGGCGCCACCCCGUCGCGACAGCCGCCGACGCUGCCGGCUCCAAUGCGGUCGGCAGGACGGCAGGCCCCGUCCUGGAACCAUCGCACUUGCGCGCGCUGGUGCAGCUGCAGGAGGCGUGGGGCGCGUGGGCGGGCAACAGCAACGCCACCACGGCGUGCUCUGCAUGGGCUGGCGUCACCUGCAGCCCCAACGGGCUCGUCCUUGCCCUGGACUCCAAGGCCUUCACCGGGGAUCCUCCUCCCACUGGCGCCAUUCCUGCUGUCAUCACUGACCUCGCCACCCUUCAAUACCUGUCCGUCCGCGCUACCCUCUCCCUCUCCCUCUCCCUCUCCCUCUGCCUCUCAUCCUGCCUGCACCAUGUUUUCCUUUCCCCUUGCUCCUCCCUUGUGCCCUUGUUUUUCCCCUCUUCUCAUGUUUUUCCUUGUUUGUUCAUCCUCAUUCCCCUCUUCAUGCAACGUGCCUCCGAUCUGACGUACGGCAUCAACCUGGAGGGCCCCAUGCCAUCCCUCGCAUCUCUCACCCGCCUCACCCACCUCGCCCUGGGAGCAGACGGCUGCUUGCUCACCGGCACUGUGGACCAACUCUCGUGGCUCUCCUCCCUCUCCGCCCUGCACUUAUUGCGGUUGUCUGGCUUGUCGGAGUUCACUGGAGAGCUGACCUCCUUUGCACUUCUUUCCCACCUCCACGACCUCCAACACCUAUCGCUCAUUGCUCUUAGCAACGUGACAGGGGAGAUACCCAGGGAGAUUCGAUACUUGACUGCCCUCACUACACUGGACCUCAUACUUCUUCGUGCGGUGGAUUUCCCAGACUGGGUCACUCAGAUGUCCAAUCUCCAGUCCCUGCGAGUGAUCAACGACGAGCCAAGGAGGCAGGGAGUGCUGCCAGAAGGCCUUUCAGAGCUGACAGCACUCACUGAACUGUCCCUUUCUGGGAACAACCUGGAAGGCGCGCUGCCCAAAGGCUUCUCCACACUUGCCAACCUGGCUGUCCUGGAUCUGAGCUUGAACCAUCUGCAAGGCACCAUCCCUGAAGCAUACUCUGCGCUGACAGCCCUCGCUAAACUGUACGUGUCAUGUCCUGGUGGUCCGCGAUUCUCUCGUUCCAUACACUCUCUGAUAUAUGUGCGUGCAUUGGCCUCCCCUCUUCCUCCCCUCUUCCUCCCCUCUUCCUCCCCUCUUCCUCCCCUCUUCCUCCCCUCUUCCUCCCCUCUUCCUCCCUUCUUCCUCCCCUCUUCCUCCCUCUUCCUCCCCUCUUCCGCCCCUCUUCCUCCCCUCUUCCUCCCCUCUUCCUCCCCUCUUCCUCCCCUCUUCCUCCCCUCUUCCUCCCUCUUCCUCCCCUCUUCCUCUCUUCUUCCUCCCCUCUUCCUCCCCUCUUCCUCCCCUCUUCCUCCCCUCUUCCUCCCCUCUUCCUCCCCUCUUCCUCCCCUUCCUCCCCUCUUCCUCCCUCUUCCUCCCCUCUUCCUCCCCUCUUCCUCCCCUCUUCCUCCCCUCUUCCUCCCCUCUUCCUCCCCUCUUCCUCCCUCUUCCUCCCUUCUUCCUCCCCUCUUCCUCCCCUCUUCCUCCCCUCUUCCUCCCCUCUUCCUCCCCUCUUCCUCCCCUCUUCCUCCCCUCUUCCUCCCCUCUUCCUCCCCUCUUCCUCCCCUCUUCCUCCCCUCUUCCUCCCUUUCUUCCUCCCCUCUUCCUCCCCUCUUCCUCCCCUCUUCCUCCCCUCUUCCUCCCCUCUUCCUCCCCUCUUCCUCCCCUCUUCCUCCCCUCUUCCUCCCCUCUUCCUCCCCUCUUCCUCCCCUCUUCCUCCCCUCUUCCUCCCCUCUUCCUCCCCUCUUCCUUCUCUCGUCCUGUGUGCAGGGAGUUGUUCAGCAAUCGGUUCACAGGCGGCAUUCCACACACUUUCACCAGGCUCACCGGCAUCGCAUCUCUGAUCGUGUCCAACAACAGCCUGAGCUCCGGCCUGGACGUGGUUGCUCAGAUGACAUGGCUCACAGACAUGUGAGCACAGUCUCUUGCUCACUAUCCACCACCUGCCUGCCUUCACGUCCCCCCCCUUCCCUCCCUGCUUAG